UCAAAUUUAAAAUUUGACAAAAAAAAAAAUAAAAAUAAAAAAUGGAUGCAAUUCUUGGACUUCUAAGAAUUAAGGUUCGUAUAGGCAUCAAUCUUGCAAUUAGAGAUGCGGGUAGUGCUAGCAGUGAUCCUUAUGUUGUAAUAACCAUGGGCUCCCAGACAUCAAAAACGAGAGUGAUUAAAAAGAAUUGUAAUCCAGAGUGGAAUGAUAUUCUCACCUUAUCUAUAACCGAUCCAAACAUACCCAUCAAGCUAAGAGUAUAUGAUCAUGAUACAUUCACAAAACAUGAUAGAAUGGGUGAUGCUAUUAUUGAUAUAAAACCAUAUAUAGAGUGUAUGAAAAUGGGAUUAGAAGAGCUUCCUAUUGGAACAUCUGUUACAAAGGUACAACCUAAUGAUAAUAAUUGUUUGGCUGAUGAAAGUAAGGUUGUUUGGAUUGAUAAAGGAAAAAUGAUUCAAGAUAUGGUUUUAAAAUUGCAAAAUGUUGAGAAGGGAAAAAUACAAAUCCAGCUUGAAUGGUUUAAUCCUCCUGGUUGCAAAGGAUUACAAUCAUCUUGAUUCUUGAUUUGAGUUAUUCUUGUAGAGAUUAUAUUAAUCUCACUUAAACCACCUUAAAUAAGUCUAUAUUCUCAUAAUUAAUAUGUAUGAAAUGGACUAUUUAACUCAUAUAUGAGACGCGUUUCUCAGUUAAAACGUCUCGUACAAUAAUUUGUGGCUUGAUAUGUAAAAAUAAUUUUUACUUUUAUAAAGGGCAAACUCAAGAUUCUAAUUAUUGAGGGGUCAUUGUAGUCAUUUAAAAUUGACGGUUAAAUAUUCUUUAACUUCUAUAUUGUAUUUUUAUGUACAAAUAGUAGUUUUUAU